CUUCACUCUUGUUUCUCUUCAGAUCGUUUCGUACAGCUCCAAAAAGUGAAGAGUCUCACUCUCCCCCUGGUGGAUAGUUACAGUUAUAGGUUUUAAAUCCUGCCUCCUCCAUGUUAGUGGAUGUGACAUUGAUUUAGUUCUUUAAUUCUUAUGGUUCUGAUGGUCGUCCCAUCUUUAAAUACAGUCUAUGGUUUGGGCAAAGUUUGGCUGCACAGCGAUCGACUGUAGCUUUGACGGUGACACAGCGACAACACAAACGUUGCAUCUUUAGACGGACACGAUGAGGAUUUUAUUUUUACAGGGUCACAGAUCAACUUUUAACUCUUCAGCAAACAAAAUCCAGGCUGCACUUUUGGCUCUGGGCCCCUGGCUCCUUCCCCCUCUUCUCCCAGUCGCCAGCAGUCAAAGAACCUCCUAUGUGACAUUAUAUAAUGUCUUGCCCAGUCUUUUUUCAUAACGUUUGGCUUCAUGUGUGUAGCCUCCUUCAGGCUUGUUAGUCCCCCACCCUCCCCCCUCCAGGUCCCACAGACCCGCUGACCUUCUUCCUUCUCCAGUUUAUGUUCUCCCCCUCCUUCCAUCCAUCACUUUUUAAGUUUUGAACGUACCACACAAGCCACAUGUAGUCGCUCUGUGUGUGUUUGAGAAGGGGGGGGUCAGUGCAGAAGGAGGAGUCUGGGUCCCUCAGCUCACCUGAAUAAUACCUUCUUUGUGAGCCCAGGCCUUAUAAAGUCACACUCCGAUGCCUACUAACCUUACAGACUUCCUCCAAGCUUCUGUGCGGACACAUCCACCCUUACCCUCGUCCAUUCCUUCAUCACCGACACACCUAACGCACCAUGAGAGCCAGGAUGGGAGUGAUGCUGCUGGUUCUUGCAGUGACCGUUUGUUUGUCAUAUGCUCAGACCAACAACAUCAGCAAUGACAGCAAGCCACAGCAGCAGCAGCAGCAGCAGCAGCAGCAGCAGCAACAGCUGCAACAGCAGCCGCAGCAGCAGCAACAGCAACAGCAGCAGCAGCAGCAGCGAAGCAUCUGGGAUGAGCCCAUCAGAUUCACCACCAAGACCAAGGACUCCUGUACCAUGGUAGUGUCCGGAGCUGGGGACUAUACUCGCCUGCGCGUCUCCUGCAAAGGUCCCAGCCAGGGCCAGACCCCGGCACGCUCCUACUACUGCGACUUCCAGGGGAAACCCAACCUGUGCCGCGCCUACAACCUCAACCCCCGCCACUACUUCACCCAGUUCAUGUGGGAGAUGAGGAAGCUGAGCAAUGCCUGCCAGGGACCCAAGGUCUACCGCCCACAGAUGUGCAAGAAAUACCCAGACGAGGCCCAGAUGACCUUCAUGAGCUCCUGGCCCAAACCCGCUGCCUCCAAGCCCGCCACCCCCAAGCCUGCCACCCCCAAGCCCUCCAAGCCCGUGCAGGAGCAGCGCAAACCGGUGGUGCCCGCCCAGGUCAAGCCCGCCCAGGUCAAGCCCGUCGCCACUCCUAAGCCUGUCAAGCCCCAGCCCCAGCAGCCCGGCAAGCCCCAGCCAGGCAAGGCCCCCCAGACCAAGAAAGCUGCCCCCAAGCCUGCGAAGACCACUACUCGUCCCAUAGAGCAGACCGACUCCAAGGCCUCCCGUAUUGCUAACGAGUACUGCUGGAAGAGCUUCCACGGCGUCUGCAGCUACUUCAUCGGCUGGUUCCAGAACUGAGACCAUUCUGCAGAUGAAGGUUGGAUUCACCAGCGUCAGAUCCGGUCAGAACUCCUCCCGUCUACAUUUGACCACUCCAGGAUCUGAGCGGGAGCCUCGUCAUCUCGUGGCCUUGUGAGGCCCCACUCCCCAUUCUCCGCACGCAGCAUCGCACAGGCCGAGCUCACAUCACCCAACCUGCACCUGUGCACGGUUAGCACGGUUAACAGAUGACUGCUUAGAUCUGUAAAACACUCACAGCAAGGCAGAGGGAAACUACGACAGGCGUGUGAUUCUGUUUGUAUAUGAUGUAAAGUUCCCUCCUCUUAUCGCAUGCUCAGAUGUUUUGAAUAACAUUUAUUACUCCAGGAAAGAAAAUGUGAAGGUAAAGAGAAUAAAGUG